AUGGCUCCAAAGAAGACCAAACAAUCUUCUAAUGAGAAGAAGUCUCAAUCUUCAAAAGUUGAUGAAUUAGAUACAGUCCCAGAAUUUGUUUUCGAAAAAGGUGUUGAUCGUCCAUUCUUAAUUACUACUCCUCCUGCAAACUUGGCUCAAUUACGUUCAGUUUCCAGCACAAAAGAACGUUUAUUCCUUGUUGGUUUAAUUUUAUUUGCAGUUAUUAUUAGAUUACAAAAAUUAUAUAACCCAAAUUCAGUUGUUUUCGAUGAAGUACAUUUUGGUGGAUUUGCUAAAAAAUACAUCUUGGGUACUUUCUUUAUGGAUGUUCAUCCUCCUUUAGCUAAAUUAUUAUUCGCUGGUGUUGCUUCAUUAGCUGGUUUUAAAGGUGAUUUUGAUUUUGAAAAAAUUGGUGAUGUUUUCACUCCAUCAACCCCAUAUUUCUGGAUGCGUCUUUUCCCUGCUUCUUUAGGUGUUGCUACUGUUGUCUUAUUAUACUUAACUUUAAGAGCUUCAGGUGUUAGACCUUUUGUUGCCUUAUUAUCUGGUUUAAUUUUCACAUACGAAAAUGCUAAUGUUACAAUUUCAAGAUAUAUCUUGUUAGAUUCUCCAUUAUUAUUCUUUAUUGCUGCCGCUGCUUAUGGUGCAAAAAGAUUUGAAAAUGAAAUUCCAUUUAGCAUUGGUUGGUAUAGAGCUUUAGUUGCAACUGGUAUCGCCUUAGGUUUAGCUGUCUCAUCUAAAUGGGUUGGUCUAUUUACUAUUGCUUGGGUUGGUUUAUUAAACGUUUGGGAUUUAUGGUUUUUAAUUGGUGAUUUAACUGUUUCUGUUAAUAAAGUUGUUAGACAUACACUCAUCAGAGGUACUGUAUUAUUAGGUGUUCCAAUUAUUUUAUACAUUACAUUCUUUGCAGUUCAUUUCCAAGUUUUAAAUCAAGAAGGUGAAGGUGGUGCUUUCAUGACUUCAGCUUUUAGAUCAACUUUACAAAAUAACAAAAUUCCAGGUAAUAUCCCAGCUAAUGUUGGUGUUGGUUCAACUAUUUCAAUUCGUCAUGUUAACACUCAAGGUGGUUAUUUACAUUCCCACGAUCAUUUAUAUGAAACUGGUUCUAAACAACAACAAAUCACAUUAUAUCCACAUUUAGAUGCUAACAACCACUGGUUAGUUGAAUUAUAUAAUGUUAGUGAAGCCCCAACUCAAUUUGAACCAAUUCAAGAUGGUACUAAAAUCAGAUUAAAACAUAUCUUUACUCAUAGACGUUUACAUUCUCAUGAUCAUAAAGCUCCAGUUUCUGAAAACGAUUGGAAUAAAGAAGUUUCAGCUUAUGGUUUUGAAGAUUUUGAAGGUGAUGCUAAUGAUGAUUUCGUUGUUGAAAUUCAAAAAGCUUAUACACCAUCUCAAGAUGCUCAAGUUAAUUUAACAGCUUUAGAAUCUGUUUUCAGAUUACGUCACGCAAUGACUGGUUGUUACUUAUUCUCUCAUGAAGUUAAAUUACCAAAAUGGGGGUUUGAACAACAAGAAGUUACAUGUGCAACUCAAGGUAUAUUAAAACAAAGUUUAUGGCACGUUGAACAUAAUGAAAAUCCAUUUUUACCAGAAGAUACAAGAAGAGUUAGUUAUCAACCACCUUCAUUAUGGGCGAAAAUUGUUGAAUCUCACAAGAAGAUGUGGCAAAUUAAUCAAAAUUUAAAUGCUCCACAUAAUUGGCAAUCAUUACCAAAUACUUGGCCAUUUUUAACCCGUGGUAUUAAUUACUGGGGUGAUGAUAAUCGUCAUAUCUAUUUAUUAGGUAAUGCACCAACAUGGUGGGCAACUACCCUUGCAAUUACAAUUUUCUUAAUCUAUGCACCAACUCAAAUCUUAAGAUGGCAAAAAGGUGCCCAAAUUGGUACAGAUCGUCACGUUUACAAUUUCAAUGUUCAAACUUUCAAAUAUAUUUUGGGUUAUUUAGUUCAUUUUGCUCCAUCAUUUUUAAUGGGUCGUCAAUUAUUUUUACAUCAUUAUUUACCAGCUUUCUAUUUUGCAGUUUUAACAUUAGCUCAUUUCUUUGAUAUCCUUGUUACUUAUAUCUUUUCAAGAAAGAGAACAAUUGGUUAUGCUUUGAUUGUUACAUUUGCAUUAGUUUCAUUCCUAUUCUAUGUCAACUAUUCACCAUUAAUUUAUGGUACACCAUGGACUAAAGCUCAAUGUGAAGCUUCAAAAUUAUUAGAAGGUUGGGAUUAUGAUUGUAAUAAAUUUUUAGAAAAUUUAAGUGAUUAUAAUGUUCCUCCAAAGUUAUUUGAACCUGUUGAAUCUGGUAUUGCUCAAAAUGCUUAG